AUGGAGAGGAGAUAUGCUGAGGGCGCCACCCACGCGGACCAGCCUGCAGGGCCCCCCAGGCUCAGAGUCCUGCAAUGGAACGUGCAGGGCCUGCGACCCAAGAAACAUCAAGUCCUACAGGCCGUCUUCGAGGAACACCUUGACGUUGUGCUCCUCCAGGAAACACUGACACCCGCCGACUUUGAAUGGAGGGUGGCGGGCUACACCCCUCACUCGCUCCCCACAGCGGAGGACACCCGAGGCUGUGCAGCACUGGUGAGGAACACAAUCCCUCACCGUAGGGUUGCAGCCCCAGUCAACUGCGGGGACGGUGUGGAGGUCCUGGCGCUGGAGCUGCAGGAGGGAAGUCUCCCGCUCCUGUCUCUUGGUUGCGGGCGACCUCAACGCCCACCACCCCAUGCUACAGUCACCGUCCCCAGCCAACGAAACGGACCGACCCUCACCAGCGACCACUUUGCCACCCUCACCACCCUCCCAGUGGCCCCGCCGGUCCCACCCCGCCUGCCCCCACGCUGGAACAUAAGGAGAGCGGACUGGACCAAGUUUCAGGCCUCUCUUGACGAGUGGUGGGCCGCCUAUCAGCCGCCCGCCGACCUACAUCAGCAGGAGAGGGACCUGACGACGGCCAUCCAGACCGCAGCCGCCGCAGCCAUCCCCAGGUGCACCCUGAGCCGCCGCCACCGGACAGACUGGUGGUACUACAAGGAAGAGGUGCGCGAGCACAACCACCGUGUCAACCAGCACAGGAAACUGUACAAAAGGCGCCCCAACCCCAACAACCUAAGACUCCUACAGGAUGUGGUGGCCCGCGCACGGCAGGUAUCCCUGAGGGCCAGAGAGGCUAAGUGGCUGGAGUGGUGCGCCACUUUUAGCCACCACACGUCUCUAGGCCAGCUGUGGAGGAGCGUGAGGACAGCCUCCGGCGCUGUCCCGCCCCGCCCGCCCGCCCACCCGCACCCGCAGCAGGAGGCAGAGAGGCUUGCCACCAUGUUCACCACGCGGAGCUCCAGUGACCAGCUUCCUCCCCAGACACAACGCAUCCAGCAGCAGCUCCGACCACACCGCGACGAGGCUGUCAGGGAGGCGAUGGAGGAAGCCGACGUGACUGACCAGCCCUUCUCCCUUCAAGAGCCGGAGCGGGCUAGGAGGAGAGGCCGCGACACGGCAGCGGGGGCGGACGGCGUGCCAUACUCCAUGUUGGCGCACGCUGGGCCGGCUGGGGACGCCGCGCUGUUGGCCACCAUCAACGCCUCAUGGAUGGCGGGCUGUCUGCCGCCCGCGUGGAAGGAAGCCGACAUUCAGCCGAUUCCAAAGCCGAGGGAGCCCACCAAGAUCAGACCCAUCUCUCUCCUCAGCUGCACGGCCAAAACGGCUGAGAGGAUGGUGCUCGCGCGGCUACAGUGGCGCGUAGGGCCCUCUCACCCACAUGUGUUCGGCUACACCCGCGAAGUGAGCACGGCAGACAGCAUCCUCGCCCUGCUGACCCAAAUUGACCGCCGCCCCGCCGUCAUCGUCUUCAUCGACCUCGAGAAGGCGUUCGAGCUAGCCAGCCCUCACGCCAUCCUCGACGCACUCGUGCGGAAAGGGGUGCGAGGAAGGCUGCUGGCCUGGCUCCGCGACUACCUGCAGCGCCGCCGCGCCAGGGUUAGUAGGUUCCAGGGCCUGAGGUCGACCUUCAAGGUACUUGAGAACGGGACGCCCCAGGGCGGCAUCCUCAGCCCCCUACUGUUCAACCUGCUGAUGGAACAGCUAGUGGCACUGCCUUUCCACGCUGGCACCGUCCUGCUGAGCUACGCCGAUGACCUCGCCCUCGUGGUCACCGGAAGGGGCAACAAGCUCAGGAGGACGCAGCAGGCACUCGACCUCAUCAGCGGGAAAUGCCAGGACCUGGGGCUCAAGAUCUCGGCAGAGAAGUCCCGGGCCAUGAUGGUGAAGGCAGCAGACCCAACCUGGCAGCUCCACGUCCAGGGAGUUGAGCUGGCAUGGACCAACUCCUACCAGUACCUCGGUGUGUGGGUGGACAAGCGGCCGUCCUUCACAGCCCACGCCGCCUACCUGAGGGAGAGGACGCAGUCUAGGCUGAGCGUGAUGCGGGCCAUGACGCGAAUCAACGCGGGCGCCACUUUUUCCGUCCUGCGCCAGUACUACGUGCACGCUGUUCGCUCGCUGGUGGAUUACAGCGCCCCCGUCCUCAUAGCACUCUCUCCAAACCAGCAGGAGCGGAUCGAGGUGCUACAAAACACCGCAAUGAGGACCAUGCUGGGGGCACCGAGGUGGUCCAGCGCAUGCGUCAUGCAGAGCGAGACCAGACUGGUACCCCUCACCACCAGGGUACAGCAGAUCACGGCCUGCCGCGUAGCGAGGGUGCUGCAGCGUGACGCGGAGGGAGUGACACAGAGGAGACUGAGACUGGCGGGGACGCAGGGCGCCGAAUCUCUCCGCCGCAACCCGUGGUUGCUGCAGUGCACGCUGGCUACCCACAACCUGGCUCGCAUGGAGAACUGGCCACAGGCGGACCUCCCUGCCCCCACCUUCCGUGCCCCACCCCCGUGGGAGCCACCCGCGGCAGAGUUCUCCGCCACACAGCUGCCCGCCAGCAAGGCGCUCUGCGCCGUGGAGGAGAUGCGGCAGCACGCCUUCAUGGCCCUGGCGCAGGUCACCGAGCCAGACAGUGUUGUGUACUACACCGACGGCUCGGCUGACCCUGACAGCGGAAGGACGGGCGCUGCUGCCAUCACCAGAGGGGCCGAGGUGUGUGAGAGGACUCCCGACCACUGCUCCACCCUGCAGACAGAACUGGUGGCCAUCCUGCUGGCCCUGGAGCACGCUCAACACCGGCGGGAGCGCACCGUGGCUCCCCAACAGCCGUAUCCCAGCGACAACGUGGGCCUCGUCACCGUCAUCCUGGGUAGCCUCCAGAGCCUCGCCGCGCAGGGGCGGCGGGUGAGGCUCAACUGGAUACCCAGCCAAGUGGGAGUACGAGGCAACGAGGCUGCCGACGCAGCCGCCAAGAGAGCUGCUAGUGGCCCCCAGGUGACACGGCAUGUGCCGCCCAGCCUGAGCCAAGUGAGGGCGCGAGCCAGGCUCGCCGCAACCAAGCGCGCCCGCCACACGCACCGGCAGCUGGAAACCAGGAAGAGACAGGCAGCUUGGUACGCCUCCGCCACUGGCUACCAGUCGUUGGACGCCUCCCAGCAGCAGCCCAGAGCAGACGGCGUGUUGCUGCAACGCGUAAGGCUGGGCUACUGCACCAGGGAACAGCUGUACGACGACUUUCGGUGGCAGGAGUGCGACCACUGCGGGAGGCACAGCCGCCACCCGCUAGUGCACUACCUACUGUCCUGUCCGGCCACCGCUGCCCUCAGACCAACGCCGCCACCACCGGCCCAUCCUGUAGGCGGUGAUCUCCUCAGCAGCCGCGAGGCCAGGGCUGCCCUCAUCGUCCACCACACGCCCACAGACCUGAUGCUGCGAGUUCUCAGGGCAGCGCCCCCUCCCCGCUGA